AUGGCCGUCGGCCGAUUGCUGCUGGUCGCCGUCUCCCUCGGCGUAGCUGUGCUGGCGCAGAUCGCGCUCCUUUUUUUCUCGGCCGUGCGGCCGUCUGCGCAGUCCGCCCGCGCUUUUUUUCUCGGCUCGCGCCCUUUUCCUCAUCGCUCUGCUCGGCUCGCGCCCUUUUCCUCGUCGCUUGUGCUGCUAGACUGGGCCGCAGCAGGCUUAUGGGCCAACGUCUGUGCUUGUAGAAUAGUUUGCGUCCUACCGCUCAAUGAGAAACGAAAGGCAUCGCUGCAACUUCCAUUGGACCAAGGUGGUGGUGAAGGAAAGACUCUGUACAUUGAUGCAGAGGGUACGUUCAGACCACAAAGGCUCCUGCAGAUAGCUGACAGGUUUGGGCUUAACGGUGCCGAUGUGCUAGAGAAUGUGGCUUAUGCCAGAGCUUAUAAUACAGAUCAUCAAUCCAGACUUCUGCUGGAGGCAGCUUCCAUGAUGAUAGAAACAAGGUUUGCUCUCAUGGUUGUUGACAGCGCCACAGCCCUGUACAGAACUGAUUUCUCAGGAAGAGGGGAGCUAUCGGCUAGGCAAAUGCAUAUGGCUAAGUUCCUGAGGAGCCUUCAGAAGUUAGCAGAUGAGUUUGGCGUUGCUGUGGUUAUCACCAAUCAAGUAGUAGCACAAGUGGAUGGCUCUGCUAUGUUUGCCGGACCGCAGAUCAAGCCAAUUGGUGGUAACAUCAUGGCUCAUGCUUCCACAACAAGGCUUGCUCUUCGCAAGGGAAGAGGGGAGGAGCGGAUUUGUAAAGUAAUAAGCUCUCCCUGCCUGGCUGAAGCUGAAGCGAGGUUUCAGAUAGCUUCUGAAGGUGUCGCAGAUGUCAAGGAUUGA